UGAGUGUAAAAAGCAAACGAGUUUGGUUGUUAAAAGUGCAGGAAAGAAAAUAGAGCGCUUGAUUGCAUUUUUUAUUACAUUUUAAUUUAAAGAAGAAAAAAGAAGUUGAAAAAAAUAAAGUGAAAAUGUCUUUGGUGCCCUUAUUGGUAAAUUUAGCUCGUGGUAUGGAUGCUGAUUAUCAUCAUGGUCUGGUGGAUGAUUGGGAUCGAAUGCUAGACGAUGAUUUUGGUUUUGGCAUAAAUCCUGUCGACAUAUUCCGUCCACGUUUGGCUUCAGCUACGGGUCACCAUCAUCAUCAUUUGCUGCCUAGACGCUCUUCAUUGUAUGCGCCAUAUUUGUUGGGUAGACGCCAACGUCAGCAACGUGAAAGAAGUGAUUCAACAUCUGGUAGCACUGCUCUAAUGCCAACCAUUGGCAAAGAUGGUUUCCAAGUGUGUAUGGAUGUUUCACAAUUCAAGCCCAGUGAGUUGACUGUAAAAACGGUAGACAACACUGUUAUUGUAGAAGGCAAACAUGAGGAACGUGAGGAUGAACAUGGCCUUAUACAACGUCAUUUUGUUCGCAAAUAUACACUGCCCAAAGAUUAUGAUGCUAAAGAUGUCGUCUCGACUAUUUCUUCGGAUGGUGUGCUUACUGUUAAAGCUCCUCCACCACCCAAUAAAUCCAUUGCUGGCAAUGAACGUAUCGUUCAAAUACAACAAACUGGCCCGGCUCAUUUGAAUGUCAAGCAACCGGAGCAGGUUCAAGCCACUAAACUGCAGCAGGCUCAGUCUAAUGGUGCUGCAACUGGGGAAAAAGCUGAAGCUGCCAAAUAAAAAGAAAAAUUAUUUGAAUUAAAACCUAUUUUUAAGUGAUUUUUUAUCUAUUCCAUUUAUUUUGUCAUGGUAGAUGUAGAGUGUGUACUUAGUAUGUAGUUGCUCAUGGAUUUCUUUUUUAUUUUAUUAAUAUUUAUCUUAUUACAUUUUGUGUUUAAGUUUUUUUUCCUUUAUGUUUCGUUCUAACUUAUGCUACUGUGUAGUUUUAAGCAACUGAUAUGUGUACUGGAUUAUAAACAGAAACAUCCCAUAUUAAAAAUAAACUUUUUUUUCUAUAUUUAUAAAA